AUGGACGAAAUACUAGCCCCUCUACAAGAUGCCUUUGAAGGCCAGAUCGACUUCCACGGUCAACGUCUAGCAGAAAUUCUCAGCACAGCCCUACUGGUUAUUUUCGGAGCUAUCAGCUUCGUCGUCGGAUACAUCUACAAGGACAUCCACCUAACGCUAUGGAUUGGACUGGGCGGUACGAUUUUCACCGGUUUAGUCGUUAUCCCCGCUUGGCCUUGGUUUAAUCGGAAUCCGGAGAAGUGGUUGGCUCCCGGUGGGAAUUUGAAGGGUGGGCCGAGGGUUUUGGUUGAUGGGGUUAAGGUUCAUUGA